CGCAGUCAUCAACUUCCGAUGUCAGGGGCUGCUUGGGAGACGGAGCAGAAAAAGCGGGCAUAGCGAAACCCUUAUUGUUUUGUGUAGCGUUAAAACUUCUUAAAGCGCAAAUUUUUGGCUUAGAAAGUCAAGCAACUUUACGUUGUUGGACUCUGAACCGUUUGGAAUUGCAUCCAGCUCGGGAAAGAGUCUCAUUCAUUGUCCGUAGUGUGUGUAGCAGCAGGCCUAUUCUUCUGGACUUUGCUACAAGCUAGUCGGCUAACAUUAGCAGGCUAACCAGUACGAGCACGUUUUUCUUUCUUAAUCAUUCAUGUCUGUUACGUUGUAAAAUACACACCGAAACGUUUAUGUGUGUGCUAGUUAUUCCUUUUAGGUAAAUUCGUCGUUAAAUAAGCAGCCAAUUAAGGCUAACUCAUCGAAGCUUUAUCAAGCUAACUGCUUGUAUUUAAAAGUGUAGCUACUUUGUUGCUAGCUUAAGCUAGCCAUCGCCAACUGAACAACGCAGUCCCAGAGAGCGUAACAGGCUUCCACCCUGAGAUGUCGGACUACGACGAGUUCGAGAGACAGCUGUCUGAAAAUAAACAAGCUGAAAGGGACAAAGAGAACCGCCACCACCGCCGCUCCUCGUCCCGCAGCCGCAGCAGAGAGAGGAAACGGAGGAGCAGAGACAGGGACAGACGCAGCAGGGACCGCCGUGGAGACAGUAAGGAGCGAAGACACAGGCGCAGCUCACCAUCCAGCUACCCCCAGGACAAAGCUGGAAGCCGUUCUCCCCAUCGCGAGAAGAAGAAGAAGGUGAAGAAGUACUGGGAUGUCCCUCCACCUGGCUUUGAACACAUCACUCCCAUGCAGUACAAAGCCAUGCAAGCGGCCGGACAGAUCCCAGCCACAGCCCUGCUGCCUACCAUGACUCCAGAUGGCCUGGCUGUUACCCCCACCCCCGUACCCGUGGUGGGCAGUCAGAUGACCCGGCAGGCUCGCCGUCUCUAUGUGGGCAACAUCCCAUUUGGCAUCACAGAGGAGUCUAUGAUGGACUUUUUUAAUGCUCAGAUGCGUUUGGGGGGUCUUACUCAGGCCCCUGGGAAUCCUGUCCUUGCAGUACAGAUCAACCAGGAUAAGAAUUUUGCCUUCCUGGAGUUCCGUUCGGUGGAUGAAACAACACAGGCAAUGGCCUUUGAUGGGAUUAUCUUUCAAGGCCAGAGUCUUAAAAUCCGCCGCCCCCAUGAUUACCAGCCCCUGCCUGGCAUGAGCGAGAACCCCAGUGUCUAUGUGCCGGGUACACAGACAAUUAAUGGUGUGGUGUCCACCGUGGUGCCAGAUUCAGCUCACAAGCUCUUCAUAGGUGGUUUGCCGAACUACCUGAAUGAUGACCAAGUGAAGGAGCUGUUGACGUCAUUUGGUCCUCUGAAGGCCUUUAAUCUGGUGAAAGACAGUGCCACAGGCCUAUCUAAAGGAUACGCUUUCUGUGAAUAUGUUGAUGUCAACUUGAAUGAUCAGGCUAUUGCUGGACUGAAUGGCAUGCAGCUGGGAGACAAGAAGCUCCUCGUGCAGCGAGCCAGCGUGGGAUCCAAGAAUGCUACUCUGACAACCAUCAACCAGACACCUGUGACGCUGCAGGUACCGGGUCUGAACAGCUCUGUGACCCAGAUGGGUGGUCUGCCCACCGAAGUGCUGUGUCUGAUGAACAUGGUUGCCCCGGAGGAGCUGCUGGAUGAUGAGGAAUAUGAGGAGAUAGUGGAAGACGUCAGGGAGGAGUGCGGCAAGUACGGCCAAGUAAAGAGCAUCGAGAUACCUCGCCCUGUGGACGGCCUGGAGGUGCCUGGGACCGGCAAGAUCUUUGUGGAGUUUACUUCAGUUUUUGACUCCCAGAAGGCAAUGCAGGGGCUGACAGGAAGGAAGUUUGCCAACAGGGUGGUUGUGACAAAAUACUGCGAUCCAGAUGCUUAUCACCGCCGGGACUUCUGGUAGAUGGGGGGGUUAAAUAAAAGGGGGGAGGGAGGGUAAUGGUAUGUAAAUUACCCUUUUCCAGACCAACCAUUGAAGUAAUUUGGUUGAGCAACAUUUCAGGUAGAUCUUUGACUUUUAAUCAUUUGACAAAUGACUCCUGUGAUACCCAGUUAAAUGUUUGAGAUCUACGUGACAUGUCCAGCUGUUAAAACCUAGAUUUGUGAUCGUAAGGGAAGGAGGAUGGGGUUUAUAACAAAUACAUAACACAGAGCUGGGUUGGGGUGCUAGUUGCGCAGGUGGGUGGGUGGGGAGGGAGGGCCGUAAAGAUUUUUGGGAAACGUGUAUUAAAAAGGGCCAGGGGGUCGGGGUUUACUGUUCUUUUUUUAUACUUCGUCAGACCUGGGUGUCCGUUUUGAGAGGCAGUUGGGAGGGUGACGCCACACUUUAAAGGUUUGUAUUUAAAUGGAGUAAGCCUGUUUUAAGUAAAUUCAUAAGGAGCUGCCGUACAGAACGAAUAGACAAUUCUGAUUGAGAAGAGUAGAGAAGAAGAAUAUGAGGAGUAUGUGUUUGAAAUAGGGAGAUGAAGCAGAGGACAAAGGGCGUUUUCAGUUGAUUUAAUGUAGAUACACGAUAGCUGUAACAUCCACCUCUGUUUGUCAUCAUCGUUGGAGAGGAAAAUAGUUUUUUCCCCAUUUCUCCUCAUGUUCCUUGAUUUGAUCAAACUACUACCCCUUCGUCUGAUUGGACUCUGUCUGAAUGUCAGCUGUAAUUGUUCUGAUACUGUGCGUAGCUUCUCUGAUUCGAGCUGUAAUAUCACCUUGUAUUCAAGCUGCAAAGUAACACAAACUGCUGAAAGAAAAAUAUUCAAUGAUUCCAUUUGCUUUUUUUCUUCUUUUUUUUUCUGUAACUUUUCAUGCCCAGUUUUUGUGAACAGCUCUUUAUAGUUUGACCCUGAUUCAGCAUAAGAUGAAACUGAGAGACUGGGAGAGAAAAGCAGAUUUAUAUUCAGUGGGGAUACAUCUCAUCUUUACCAGCAAGCCUUAAUGUUAUUAAAUGGGAAUUCACUUUGGAGAGAAAUUUGGCUUGCCCCUCUUCCAGUAAAGUCUGUACCUUCAUUUGUGUCACAAUCUUGUACCCUGGACAGCUCAGUUUUUUUCUUUUCCGAGUGGAUUUUGGGUGUAAAAUGUGUUUGAUCCAGUACGUUUUUGUGCAACAUCUCACCUUUUUUUGACAAGACCAAAUAAACACAUGACUAAUAACCACGUCUCAUGUUGUCCUGCAGAAUGAAACCAAAUCCAGAGGUUUUUGUGUCACCAGAUUGGUCAAAUGAAUACAUUUAUUGGCCAACACUAGUUUGUUCCAUACAUUUGGGUCUUGUAGAGAUAAUUGAAACUUAAGCACAGAAUAUUUGGUUUCUCUGCUUCAGUCAGGAUGUUAAAACCUGUAUGCGCCAAACAAAAAAACGAAUUUCUGUCUCCUCCCCAGUCUGUUCACAAGGACCACACUUUUACACUGUACGGGCUCGAUGAUGGACUUUCAUUUGAUACUCCACAAGAUGGCGCUUAAGAGUGUGUCAGAAAUAACACUUUUAAGAUGUUACCCUUUACUUUUACAGAAUCUUCUGUCUGUCAAUUUCUUUCUUUUUUCCUCUAAAAACAAAAAUGUGAUUUAAACCUAUUAAAAAAAAAGCAGCAUCUAGUUUGUACUAGCGGUCUUUUGUUUGUCCAGUUUGUUUUCAAAUGUUGAUUAAAAGCUGAAUUUACAUGA